AUGGCUGGGGUUCCUGGGGACAUGGGGGACAGGGGUGGGGGCGGCACGGAGCGGAUUGAGAAGAGCGGCAGGAGGGGAGGAGAGGGAGGUCAUGCACUGGCGACCGGCAAUGAGAACAAGGUGAGCAGUGAUGGCAAGCACAUGCACAUGCAUAUGCAUGCGCAGGCAUGCUCAGGGGACCCCCUGUGUGACUCCUGUGCCCCUGUGCCUGCUGCAUCACCCACGGCUCAUGGCAAGAAGAGCAGGGCAGGGAAGGGCAGGGGGCGAGGGGGAGAGGGAGGGGGAGGCAGGCACGGGGCAGCAGGGGGAGCGGGAGGAGAAGCAGCAUCUGGAGCAGGCCGGGGUGGGGCAGGAGGGGGCGGUUCUAGAGGGAAUGUGCCUGGUGCAGCUGCUGCUGCUGCUGCUGGCGGCAGUGGUGGCGGUGGUGGGAGCAGUGGCGGUGGGGGGGAGGCGGUGGGGAGCAAGCCGCUGCCAGGGCCGAAGGGUCCGGAUGGAAGCAGAGGGUUCUCCAUGGGAAGAGGCAAGCGCAUGCCGGGUUCGUGA